AUGUCUCAGUAUGAUUUGACUCAAAAGAUUGCACCUUUCUUCGAUCUUCAUUUAGUUAUUCCGUUGUUGGAGUUUAUUGGUCCACGAGAGGUAAGGGAUUUUUUCAAUCAUCUUAUUUUUAGAUUUACGAUGUUGAGUCUUUGGUUGAUAUGCAUAGGAAUGUUUUGCUGAGGACCAACAUGGUGGACUCGGUCAUUGAGACUUAUCCAGCUAAUCAAGUUCCUGUCGAGCUUACAAAACGUCGUGACAAGAUCCUGGCGGAUCUAGAGGUCUUAAAGGCUCAGGCGGAUCCCGUUGUCGAAAUUUUGGAACAAGACGAUGUGAAAGAGUUAAUGGAGGCAGCGAGAGAUCGUGAAGGCAAUAGUCGAGUUUUGGAAUAUAUGCAGUCGAAAUAUAAUGCAUGUUUAUUUUAUCUAAACAAUGUAUUAUUUUAGUUCCAAGACGAAAUGUUGGAUAUUCUCUACAAAUAUGCCAAAUUCCAAUAUGAAUGUGGUAAUUAUGCUGCUGCAUCCAUAUGUCUUUAUUAUUACCGCAAUUUGGUUCCCCAGAACGAUCCAAAUUAUUUGAACGCGCUUUAUGGAAAGUUAGCUUCAGAAAUUUUAUGUCAGGAAUGGGCUCAUGCCAAAGAUGAUCUGUCCAAACUUCGUGCUUACGUUGACUCAGAUCCCUUUGACUCGGAACAAGAACUUCUGCAACACCGUGCCUGGCUUCUCCAUUGGUCUUUGUUUGUCUACUUUAACUUCCCCAAAGGCCGUGAUGAAAUUAUCGAGAUGUUCUUAAACCAACAGACUUAUUUAAGCACCAUUCAGAUCAUCUGCCCUCAUCUUCUCCGUUACGUGGCUGUAGCAGUGGUUGCCAGUAAAAACAAACAAAAGAAUAGUUUAAAGGAUUUGAUAAAAGUUAUCGACGUUGUAAGUAAAAAAUUAUGUACAGGGUGGACCACUCGAAACUUCCAACCUUGUUUCAUGCAUUUCUCCGCCAAUAAUGCACCAAUUUCUAUAAAAUUUACAUCAAAUUGAAGCUAAGACAUCCCAUUUCUUGGCGGGGUCUACUUUCACGGAGGCCCCCAUACGGAUCCUGACGUUUUCAUUCCAAAUUUUGGAGCCCGAAAUCGGUGAAAUUCUGCAAUGAUUUUUUGGUUUUCCUGCUAUAAAAGGAUGCUAAAUUAGCUGAAAAAUUUUAGAAAUCAUUUACGGGUGCCUCCGUGAAUGUAGGCCCGUCAUUCUUGGUGGACAAGAAAAGGGUUUCACAGCUUCAGUUUGAUAUAAAUUUUAUAGAAAUUGGUGGAGAAACAAAAUAAGGUUGGAUGUUUCGAGUGUCCCACCCUGUGGUAAAAGUUCUGCAGAUUGGCAACCACAUAUAUUUUAUCGUUUUAGGAACGAAGAAAUUAUCAAGACCCUGUAACUGACUUCUUGUCCUGUUUGUAUCUUGAUUAUGACUUUGAAGCCGCUCAAACAAAGCUGAGAGAAUGUGAAGCUGUUCUCUCGAAUGAUUUCUUCUUGACUGGAUGUUUGGAUGACUUCAGAGAGAGCGCCCGGUUGUUGGUAUUUGAAAUGUUCUGUCGGAUCCAUCAAUGUAUUAGUCUUGAGAUGUUGGCGGCUCGUUUAAAUAUGGAUCAGACAGAAGCUGAGCGUUGGAUUGUGGAUCUGAUCAGAAAUUAUCGGAUUGAGGGUGCCAAGAUUGACUCCCAGUCAGGACAAGUUGUCAUGGGAGCUAAGUCCACUAGCAUUCAUGAGCAGGUCAUGGAAAACACGAAGAGAUUGACCUUCCGUUCACAACAAGUGGCCCUGCAACUGCAGAAAUUGAAACUGGACAAGAAGGCUGGUCUUCUGACUAAGAUCAAUUAA